AUGUUGCAGUCUAUAUUUGACGAUGUACGGCGAAUGAAUAAACGGCAGUUCCUGUAUCAAGUAUUAAGUUUUGGUAUGAUCGUUUCAUCUGCCCUGAUGAUCUGGAAAGGCUUGAUGGUUGUAACAGGCAGCGAAAGUCCGAUCGUAGUGGUCCUCAGCGGUAGUAUGGAGCCAGCAUUUCAUAGGGGGGAUUUGUUAUUUUUAACCAAUUAUCAAGAUGAACCUGUUAGGGUAGGAGAAAUUGUUGUUUUUAAGGUUGAAGGGAGGGAUAUCCCAAUUGUACACAGAGUGUUAAAACUUCAUGAAAAGGGUGAUCAAAAUAAUACUGUUAAGUUUCUAACAAAGGGUGAUAAUAAUUCUGUUGACGAUAGAGGUUUAUACGCUCCUGGUCAAUUAUGGUUAACUCAUAAAGAUGUUGUUGGUAGAGCAAGGGGUUUCUUACCAUACGUGGGAAUGGUUACAAUAUAUAUGAAUGAAUAUCCUAAAUUUAAGUAUGCAGUAUUAGUAUGUUUGGGAUUAUAUGUUCUGGUACACAGGGAAUAAAGUUAUUCGCGUAAGAAAUUACAAGGAACAGACUGUUAUUGUUUAUGUGCAAGACAGUAAAUUGUAAAAUAUACAAAUUAAUAAUUAAAAUACAUAUGUGGAACUAUGUACAAUGUGAUUUUACCUCUUGUUAAUUUCAUACCAUUAAAGAAGUUUCAGUACGCAAAA